AUGCGCAACAAUGGUGAAGACACCAAAGAUGGCCAUGCGCCGUACCAUGACGCGUCCCAGUAUAUUUUCCGUCUUCCUCAUGGCACCCGCCUCGAGCUAUCAGAGGCAGUCUUCCAACUCUCGAUGAUGUUCUGGACGUACCAAUGCCAAGAUGGAGUAAUGGACUCAUCUGCAAUAGUACAUUUCACAGCUGUUAUGGGUAUUCAUCGUUCUUCAUUGGCAUACCGCGAUGCAUAUAGUUUCACACCGGACCUUGCGGCUCUUAUUUGGGUAGGACGGCUGUUAUUUCUCGAGUAUAGCCUCCCGCGAUAUAGUUACGACACGCUGGUGUAUCCCUGGCCUGCCCGACACACAUAUUCAUCACAACCGGAGCGUCUAGAGGCAAUCCGAAAGAAGUACAUGCUUAGGGGCUGCUACUCACCGCUAAGCGAGCUAAUUGAACUCAAGGCCUUUGGGAAGAGCAUUGUGCGACGGGAAGGGGUUCGUGGAACUCUGACCUGGGCUCCAGACGGCCGCUCUUUCACCAUUGGUGACGGCAAGGUAGUGCGCCUAUCGGAGUUCUGUGCAACCUAUCGAGCUGCGAUCACCCGAGUAGAAGAGCUCGUCACCGAGAUGAUGUUAGGGUGGGAUCCUACAGUUGAUCUCUCCGCAAUCCGCGACGACCUAACCUGUCGGUUUCCAGGGUGGUGUUUCCUCGACAAACCGGAGAAUCACCUGUCAGGCACGUAUAAAGCAAUGUCACGCCGUGCAUGGUCAUCCUCAUUCCGCGGCAAAGCCCUGGCCAAGGCGGGACAUUGGUUGCCUGAUUCUUGUCUGGCCUACCUGCAGACGGGCGCCGAGCUGUCCACAAAGGCCUUUUCUGCGGUUCAUAUUACGGCAGGUCUGCCAGGUCGAGGCACGGAGAUGACGACUAUCCGCUUGCGAAACACAAAGUUAGCCAUUAGGAACUUGUUUAUCCGCGAGGGACGAGCUAUUAUUGUUAUCAGUUAUACCAAGGCCCGUUCCUCAAAUAACCACGCUUUCUAUAUUGUUCGCUACCUGCCAGAUGAUCUGGGUUUGUCUGUUGUGGUUUACCUCGCAUAUAUCCGACCAUUUCUUGACUUUCUAGCAAAUCAGCUUGGGCUACCGCAUUAUCACAGCAACGAGUUUCUCUUUUUAGACCCAAAGCACAAGGAAAGGCAUCUAUCCACUACGCAGGCAACAGAGUCGCUUCGGGACUUAACGCGGACUCUUCAGACGCCGUGGACAAUAUCACUAUAUCGCCAGGCAUCAAUUGCUAUUGCCAAGCGCCAUAUAAGCGAGCUAAUCAAGGAAAGAAACUUCUACUAUCCAAGCGAUGCUAAUACUUCGAUCAGAAUGAUCGCCGCCGGCGUUGGCCAUCGCCCGAGGAUGCUUCUCACGGCCUACGCCAUCGACACGGCCUUACCAACUCGACUUCAGCCUGAACUUCUUGAAAUGUACCGCCAACUAUCGACACUCUGGCAAAACUGGAAUUCGCAAUAUUACGAUCAGUAUUGUGCAGCAAAAUGCAGCGGGGUGACGGAAAACGCAGCAGGCCAGCCGGCGGAUCGAAAACAGAGCCUGGAGAAUAAUACCCAGUCCAACAUCCGUGGCCAAAAGAAGAGAGGAUUUAGGGAUUUGAGUAGCGAGGCUUGUCGAAAGAAGAGCAAAGUAGUCAGCACAAGUGCGACUGGACAUGAAGAUAACUUGACAACACAAGCCAGCGUGGAAGAAUUUCCAAAGGGGUUCAUUUACAACAGAGAAUACCAAAUCCUCAUUUGCGUGGCUUGCGAGUCUGUUGUUAGUCCGGGAAAACGGUCAUUCUACCAUCAUUUAAAUCGUCACCGCAUCUUAGGGCCAGUUUCUCUAAAUAGUAUGGAUCUUGACAAACUCGUGUACAACAUGAUGGGCGAGCAGCUGCGCGGAACGAUUGAGUUGCUGUCGACGUACGACCUGCGGGGAGCGGAGGAAUUGCGCCAGCAGCGACCUCAUAGAAGAAGGCCAUGCGAAAUAAUCGACGGGUUGACGGAGUACGGUGGCUUCAUCUGCAUGUGCGACGUCGAGAGGUGCGACUUUGUAACGACACGGCUAGAAUUGAUGCACGAUCAUAUGCCCAGGCACGGGAGAACAGCAUCACAGAACAGGGAAGGCAGCCCCUUGUGGGAGGCGUGCCGCCUGCAGACGUAUCUCACUGCGAAGGGUCGGAUCGACUACUUCACCGUUAAAGGCUCAUCAGACAGCGGACGAGACAGUAAUAACGACAACACUCCGCCAUUAGGAAGGGGUAUAGCGCAACCACCCCUGUACACGGGACCGCCACCGUCAGCUGCGGAAGAGACACUCUUUGACGGUUUAAGGGGUGACCUACGGGAAGCAGCGCGCGAUCUGGAAGAUAAAGCGGCAGUCGUUGAGGAUGCCGGGCGCGAUCGAGCAGAUCGGCAGCCGUGGCUGGUCCACACGGGGUUUCCGACCCACCUUCGGGGCCUCUUAAACACGGAGAUCUGGUCCUCCUUUAAGCUGCCUAAAAAGAAAAACAUGUUAUUCCAAAGCGGACGGACGAAGGUUGAAGAAAAGACUGACGACCACGGGAUCGAUGUUGCGGGCGACGACGGUGAGGACGAGGGAGAGGAAGAAGAUCUGAGGCGCAUCCUAACUGCAGCGGAUGCCCUAUUUGAGAGCGCGUACACGUUGGUAUCAGACCGGUCACCGAAUCGGAAGAUGACGCAACAACGCGCCCAAAUCUUGAGCGACUUCGCGUGGGGUGCUGGCAAGAAGGGCAAGGAUACGGCCUUCCGUCGCUUCAAGAACCCAUCAUCGCUUGCAGAAUAUUUCAGGACAAUGAAGCAGCUGCUAGUAUACUACUAUAGGGUGGUAUACUGCGAGGACGGGCAUUUUAGCCGGCCCCAAGAGGUGGGCCGAGAGGAGGAUGAUAAUGAUGACGAGGAGGCUGAUGAAGAUGGGCAUGCGCAUGCAACUGAGGCGGUGAUAUUUCCACAAGACGUUAUCGAGCCGACAGGUGAGCAGCAGGAGGCCAUGACGGAGAUGUUUAGAGCGCUGCGGGAAGAAGACCACCAAGGAACAAGAGGAGGGUUAGGGGAGGAGAGGCGAAGGAAAGACGGCAAUAGUAACGACGGCAAGAAUCAUUAUUAUGAUCACCAUGACUCGAGAUUGGCCUGCGCAAUCCGCCGGUUUUAUAUCGGGCUAAUUUGUCACGAGGUCGGGAGCGUGCCUUUCCGGUCGCCAGUGAUUAGUUUUUGCGCCAUGCUAAGCCGGGGGACACACAAGGACAAGAGCUAUUACGAGAGGGAGAGGAGGAGAAAGAGGGAGACCAAGAGCAGGCGCAGCGUUAAGAACGGCAAGUCAGAUGGUGAGGCCAAACCACCACCUGGGCAGGAGCAGUUUGGCGUCUGGGCCAAGCCGGGAAACUACACCAGUAACUUAUCAAAACUGGUGUGGGUGGCGCAACUCCUGAUUUUCGAAACUGCAUGCUUCUACAAGAGACAUCAAGAGGAAGACAUUCCGGCGACUCUGGAAAAGAUAUGCAGGGACUUCAUGCACCAGAAGAGGGAAACGGCGUUCGGCUAUAUCUUGCAGUGGCGGCUGUACCUCAGAACGGUGGCACAAGCGGCCAUCACCAGUGACCAGGCGCGGUGGUCACUAGAUGGCCAGGAGAUUGACUUUCGGGGCAUUAAGCUUCGUAUGGAGCAUGUACCGCAGCUCGUCGUAUCAGAGUACAGGAGGGCCCGUAGCCUUCUGUACGAUAAGCUUAUGUUCGGGGCGAAGGACGUCCCAUCGAUCGAGGCAUGGAUGUUACAUGACGACCUGGAUGCGGAGGACCACGGAGGGUCAUGGUUGACGGACGAGAGAAAUGCAGAGUACCUCCGAGGAACACAGGACGCCCUGCUCCGGCAGGUCGAGCAACGAGCAGACUUGCGACAAGCAUUUGUGCGCGAUGACCAAGGCAGGACUGGAGGGAAAACACUAUGCAGCCAGGCCAUGGCUGUUUAUGAGUGCGAGGCACAAGAGUUUCUCAAAUCAAUGAUCACGCUGUUGCAUGUUCCGCCAGCACCUCCGUUGCGGGCGCCGGAGCUGCUGACCACGACGUAUGCCAACGGCGGCGGACGGCGCCGCAGCAUGCUCAUCUGGGAGAAGAUGCUCUUCAUGUACGUGCGAUAUCACAAAAGCCAGGAACAGACAGAAGAGGAAAGAGACAAUAUCCGGUUCGUGCCGUCACGGAUCGCGGACCUGCUGGUCACGUUCCUGGCGAUCGUGCAGCCGCUGCGGCAGACAUUUCUUCGCCAGGCCCGCCCUCGAGCCCUUCUGUCGACCUAUCUAUGGUCGACAUUGGACGGCGACGUUUGGCGGGAUGACCUUGUUUCGAAGUAUCUCAGCCAGGCAUGUCUGCGCGCCGAGGUGCCCGAGUUUAAGGUGGCCUGGUGGCGACAGGCAGCUGCGUCCAUUACAAAGGAGAAAUUCACACCCAAGGAGCAGGCCAACUUUAACAUGGAGGAUGUCACGGCAUCGGAGGUAAUCGAUGAGGAGGAGCUCUUGGUGGACCUGGCCGUGGCGAGCAACCAUGCGUUCAAGACCUUUAACCAAAUGUAUGCAGGCUCGUCCACGCUUGUUAUGAACACGCCACUGCACCGCGCGCACCGAGCCUCGCGGAGCUGGCGGGAGCUUUUCCGGAUCGACGAGCACUUGUCACGGGAGGAGGCCGCCGGUGAUGGCGGCAAACGCAUGCGCUCGGGUACGGACAUGGACAUGGUGCAAAUGUGCAAGAGGACAAAGCUGCGCACAAGGCCCCUUGGGAAGGUGAGUGACCUAGAAGCGGUAGCACGCGCGCUCUACAACAACCCCAGUCUGCGCUUUCGGCGACCAGGACAGCGCAAUGCCAUGUUGGCGACGAUGGGUCGUCACGCAGCGGAACAGGUCGUAGUCGUGCUAGCCACGGGUUCCGGCAAGACGCUGAUUGCGAUGGUCGGCGCGGCGCUGGACGGCGCUGGCACGACGAUUGUGGUACUGCCCGCGGUGGCGCUCAGAGAAAACAUGCUUGACCGGCUCGGGAAGGUUGGUAUUAAGACUAUCGUGUGGGAGCCGGGCCAGUUGAAGUCGGCACCUCUUGUGAUAGUAUCGGCCGAGGCAGCGUGCACAAUAACCUUUCUUGACUACGCCCAACGCCUCCAGUCGAGGCAGCGGCUGGACCGGGUCAUCAUCGACGAGUGCCAUCUCACCAUCACCGCAGCAUACCGAAAGAGCAUGAAGAAGCUUGGGUCGUAUGUGCGACAAAUCGCAACGCAGACGGUCUGGAUGACAGCAACGCUUCCGCCGAGCUUGGAGAGCGUCUUCAUACAGCAGAACCGUCUGGUGCAGCCACGCAUGGUGCGAGAGUCAACAAACCGAGCCAACAUUCGGGACGAAGACGGAGACGACGACAUUGUGGGCAAUAGUCACAAGACCAACAGUAACGGCAAGGUGACUGGCGGCAGGAUGUCCAGGAUCAUUGUAUACUGCCAGACGCUGGACCUCAUGGAGGAGCUCGCAAAGGAGCUGGACUGUCCGAUGUACACAGGAGACGAAGAGACCAUGAGUGACGGAGAGAAGGACCUUGCCAUUGAGAAGUGGCGGGGUUCAUCUGGAAGCCCGGUGAUCGUAGCAACUGCUGCACUUGGCGUCGGGUUCGACUAUCCGGAGGUGCGGUGGGUGGUGCACGCCGGCGCGCCGCGGUCCAUGACGGCGUUCUCGCAGGAGUCCGGCCGUGCAGGGCGGGACAACAAGCCUGCAGAGUCAAUCACCCUGAUAAGCGAGGCGUGGCAGCCGCGCAGGGCCGGCCAGGAGCCCAAAGACUUGGAUGAAGAGAUGAUGCAGCUGUACCUGACACAACAGCACUGCUCACGGGCCGUGAUGAGCCAGUUCCUGGACAAGAGAUCGGACUGGAGGUGGUGCAUGGAAGGCGAAGAUGAGCUGUGCGCGGUGUGCCCCAGGCCUCAUGCAGAACGACGGCCGGCGAAUCUCGAGCUGGGCUUACCAUCGCCGAAAAUACCACAGCCAGCCACCACGGAUGAGGGCAGCGACGACGACAACGUUGAAGGCGAGGACAAAUGGGAAAUCGUGGCCGCAAGAGAGAUGGUCUACACAGGUCCCGACGAGGUCCUUCGUCAGGCUAGGGUUCACAACGAGGUUCUAAGACGGUUUGAGGAAGACUUGGAGAUAAUGCGCGGAUGUUGCCUGCUUUGUCGCGUGCGGGAAGGUAGACCGUUUGACCACAGCGCCACGAGUUGCGGCCAUCGCUGGCCUUGGAUCAAGGCAAAGAAAAAGGUCAUACAGGCGUGUGAGAAGGAGGGCAAGCAGUGGAUGGAGGAUUUCACGGCAUGCUUUAUGUGUUAUCUUCCGCAGACAAUUUGCCGCAGAGCGGACCCAGAGGCCGAGCCUGGCGUGGAUGGCGAGGAAGGGUUGAGGGAAUGCCGGUUCCGAGACAUGAUCAUGCCGCUAUGCUACGGCGCUUUCUUCCAGGCCGGGUUGAGAGCGCUGAUCAAGAAGCAUUUUCCGCAUCAAACGUUCCGCGAUGUUGACGAAUACAUGCGGUGGUUAGGGAAGUCAGCAACUCUAGGCGAUAUAGAAUGCGUCCAGGCAGUCUCUGUUGCGGCCAAGCUAUUAGACGAGUUCCGAUAA